AUGGACAAGAUUUUGGAGGGCCUUGUGAGCUCCAACCACUCUGUACCGGUGAAGAAAGCCAUUGUGAAGAAGGUCGUGGAGGCAGCAGAGAAAGAGGUGACUGAGGAGCAGUGUCAGUCCCUGUUCACGCUCACCACCCGCCUCAUCUUGCUCGGUGAAGAUGCCUUCCAGAGGCAGAUCGGCCUCCAGGUUCUGGAUGCUUAUGCACGUUACCACCGCCUGGAGUUCGAGCGGUUCUUCAGCAAAGACUUUGUCCUGAGUCUUCUCCAGCAGGGCUACGGCCAGCUGGACCGCAAAGACCCGGCCAUUAUAGACUACAUUCACUGCUGCCUUCGGCUGCUCAUCAGCUGCCCCUCGGUGCUGGAGAUCUUCGGAGUGAUCCAGGUGGAGGUUUUGAGGAUGGUGUGUGAACGUCCGGAGCCUGCCCUUUGCGCCCGCCUGAACACUUUACUGUCAGACUUUGUGCAGUGCAUCCCGAGGGAUAAGUCCGGCGUCUUGUUCUGCCAGCAGCUGGUCAGGACCAUCAGUUACUUCCACUGCUUUGCCAGCCAAGAGCGGGAGUUGAGAGAGUAUGUAGGUCAGGUGACAAAGGUUAGCACACUGCUGCAGAACAUCUGGAAGGCUGACCCAGCAACGCUGCUACCUUCGCUGCAAGAAGUCUUCGCUAUUAUCUCUUCCACAGACCCCUCCUUUGACCCAUCCAUCGCUCUGGCCAGCCUGGUCCAGCACAUCCCAGUCCAGAUGAUCACAGUGCUCAUCAAGAGUCUCACCACAGACCAAAACGUCAAAGAUGCAAGCAUGACUAAAGCACUCUGCAGGAUGAUCGACUGGCUGUCCUGGCCUCUGGCCCAGCAUGUGGACACCUGGGUCAUUGCUCUACUCAAAGGACUGGCUGCAGUUCAGAAGUUCACUAUCCUCAUAGAUGUUACCCUGCUUAAGAUUGAACUGGUAUUCAGUCGUCUGUGGUACCCCCUCGUGCGGCAGGGGGCGCUAGCUGUGCUCUCCCACAUGCUGCUGAGUUUCCAGCACUCUCCCGAGGCCUUCCAUUUGGUUGUUCCACACGUGGUGCAUCUAGUCGACUCUUUGAGGACAGACGGUCUCUCCACCAGUAAAGCUUUCUUGCUGCAGUUCACUGAGCUCAUACACUGCAUGAUGUACCAGUACUCCGGCUUCCCUGACCUCUAUGACCACAUACUAGAGGCCAUCAAGGAUCUCCCAAAACCCGGUGAAGAUAAGAUCAAGUUGGUGUUGAAUCAAAGUGCCUGGACCUCCCAGUCCAACUCGUUUGCCUCGGGGCUUCUGAGGCAAGCUGGGAAGUCUGAGACGGGCAAGACCGGCCUGGUCAACCUUGGGAACACCUGCUACAUGAACAGCAUCAUCCAGACCCUCUUCAUGGCCACAGAUUUCAGGCGGCACGUUUUAUCAUUACCUCUAAAUGGCUCCAACACGCUCAUGAAAAAGCUCCAGCUGCUCUUCGCAUUCCUUGCACACACUCAGAGGGCAGCAUACGCUCCCAGAAACUUCCUGGAAGCUUCUCGGCCUCCCUGGUUCAACGUGGGCUCUCAGCAGGACUGUUCUGAGUACCUCAGAUUUCUUCUGGACAGGUUACAUGAAGAGGAGAAAACCAUUCAGGUUCUUGAAUCAGCUAAGCCAAAGAUCGCCGCCUCUGUUGACACAAGCAGCAAAGACCCAACAGGUCAGACUUCUCCGGACGUGGGCCAAGAAUUCUCUUUGGAUCCAGCUGAAACCAAACCUGGGACUGACGAGAGGACUUUGAUAGAAACGAUGUUCGGUGGGAGUCUGAUCACAGGUAUUCGCUGUUUGCAGUGUAACUGCAUCUCUGAGAAAGAGGAGCCUUUUACAGACCUUUCUUUGGCCUUCUGUCCUUCUGCCACCUCUCAGGGCAGCCCUCAACCCGAGGGGCCCUCGGAGGAGCCCAAGGUUCUCUGUCAGGGAUCUGUCAAUGGUGGCAGUGAAAUUCCCGAGCCAGGCUCAGUCAAGUCCCCGGCUAGCAAUGUCCAUUUUGUGCCAGCGACAAAUGAGCCUCCUCUCUCUGUGCCUGACCUGGUGAAUUAUUUCCUGGCUCCAGAGAUUCUGGACGAAGAGAAUGCCUACUUCUGUGAGAAGUGUAGCUCCCUCCAGCGGGCCGAGAGGACCCUGAAAGUGGUGUCGGCGCCUGAGUACUUAAUCCUCACCCUGCUGCGAUUCUCGUAUGAUGCCAAAUGCCAUGUCCGGAGGAAGAUCCUGGAAAACGUCACCAUCCCGCCACUCAUGAGACUUCCUGUACAUGCCCCCUCAAGGCCUACACAGUGUUCCUCUUCUACCUCCUCUCCGCUGCAAGUGGAUUCUCCCGAGAGCAGCGAGAAUCUGGCAAAGAAGCUCAAGCCGUCUCAAAAAGAUGAGGAGGACGAAGAGAAGGAGAGGAUAGAUGGAUCGGAGCACACAAACAGAGGAGGGGAGAUGUCAGUCCAGUCGGUGCCCUAUGUCCUCAGCUCCGUGGUGAUGCAUUCUGGCGUGUCGUCCGAGAGCGGCCACUACUACUCUUACGGUCGCAACAUAAACGGAGCAGAUGGAGCACAGCAUCCAGCCAAUCACUUCGCCCUCAAGGAGGAUUUGGGAAACGGCCCGGCCGAGUGUAGCCUCUCCACUUGCUCAGCUCUCUCAAUUCCUCCUGAGCAAGAAGACAAACUAGCUAAUAGUAGCCAGGAGGCAAGAGAUUGGCUCCUGUUCAACGAUAGCAGAGUGACAUUCUCAUCCUUCCAAUCAGUGCAGAACAUUACUAAUCGCUUCCCCAAGGACACAGCUUAUGUGCUCAUGUACAGGAGACAGGAGCUGCCGGGGCAGAGCGUAAAUGGUGGACUGAUGGCAAAUGGAAUGAGAGUUAGCGCUGAGCCUCCGCUGCAGAAAGAUCUGCUGGAUGCUAUUAUCAAGGACAACAAGCUGUAUUUACAGGAACAGGAGCUCAACGCCCGGACCCAAGCUCUCCAGGCCCCUUCAUCCUCCUGCUCUUUCAGGCCCAACGGUUCAGAUGACAAUAACCCACCGGGGAGCUGCGGCCCAUCUGGUGGUGGAGGAGGAGGGGGAGGGGGCUUCAAUACCAUUAGUAGACUGGUCUUCUGAAAGAAAAAAAAUGCGGCGGGAAACUCAGGUGAACUGGCCCUGAGGGAGUCCUGAACUGUCACACCUUAGAUGCGAUGUGCUUAUAACCUCGUAAAAAGACACACACACACACACACACACACACACACACACGUGGAGCAUAUGCACUGAUUUUGACCUUGGGUUUGAUUUUCUUUUUAAUUCUCAUAGUUUGAUCAUAAAAGUCUUUAUACAACAUUUUCAGUCACCAUUUGAUAAAUUCUUAUUUAUUUGGAUUAUUUGUUUUGUGAUCUCAGCAUUGUAAUCUUGCAUUUAUCCUCAUAAUUUUAAAAACCUAAGGUACAGUUCUGUUUCCAACGAAGCGAGGAUGCUGUGUAAAACAUUAUCUAAACAGACUGUGACUCUUUUGUAAUCCUUUUUUCUUUUUUUUUUUAAACAUAAACUCACUUGAAAACACCACACCACACAUAUAUCUGCUUAUUCUGAAAUUGAUGCCAGGAACACAUUUCAAACAUGUUUGGACAGGGGCAACACAAUUCUGAGAAAGUUAUGAAUGCUCUACAAACACCUGUCUGGAUGACUCAACGGCUUUAACAGGAUAGUGUGAUGAUGUUCACCACUUUGUGAAACAGAUGACUGUGUAAAAGAUAUUCCUACAUGGUCUCAUGUUAACUGUAAUCGGUAAAAGUGCUUCAUUUGUCAACAUUCGCAUUCUGUUUCUAUUUACGUUUUACACAGUGUCACAAUCUUUUUGGAAUCAGGGAUGUACAAAAUACUCAUUGACAGUGUGUGUGUGUGUGUGCGUGUGUGCGUGUGUGCGUGCGUGCGUGCGUGCGUGCGUGUGCUCUCUCCUUCAACAGAAAGAAAUAUGGCUACAUAUCAUUUGAUAGAAAUAAAUCCGUACAUGAUAAAUCUGUAAAACUUGGUUCAGUUUAGAACAUGUUCAUAUCAUCUUGCCUGUCAGAGUGUUUGUUGUAUUACCUCACACACAAACACACACAUACACACACACACACACAGACAUAUGCAAAUACAUGCAUGUGCAGUGCACAGUACAGAAGAAAGCAUUCAGCUGUAAGAUAAAGACUGUUUUGAUUCGUCAUAGUUCUGAACACACAGCUCACAACCUUUUUGUUGACUUUUCUGAUUUGCAUGCAGCUUUCCUUCACGAGCUGUGGAGUUUGUUUUUUCGAGAUGUUUGAAUCUUUCUUGCCGUGUGCUUUGGUGUUUUAUAAGUUUCAUAUCCCAUGCAAUAAAUGUACAUAUGACUUAAAAGUAUCGUUCUGAAGAAUCAUGGAAUACAAAACUAUAUGUGGAUAACUAUUUCCAAGAUAAAGGCAUUUUUAAUAUGAUUAUUUAAUGCUGUUCUACCACUAGAAGAAUAACUACAUCGGUAACUGCUUGUUUAAACAUAUUUGACAGGAGUGAGCUGUUUGAUGGCAUAUUUUAAUGUAUUCCUCUGAUCUGACCAUUCAGGGAGACUUGUUUUCAUGCUGAUUUUUUUAUGUGCCUUUUGAUAUUUAAUGCAGAUUUUUGAAGAGGACUUUGUUAGCUGGAAUGUGUUAAUAUUCAUGAUGGCUUCACUUUUCCUGGAGUGAAAGCAAAUCAGUAUCUGUUAUACUGUCUAACACCACCAGGCAGGCAAUUAAAGGUGGUGUUUUUUUAAAGUGGUGUUCUGGCAAAGAGGUGGGCAGAUGUUGGGGGGACUAAACUCUAAAUGUAAUGGAUAACACGUGAUGAUACAAAUGCAUAAAAAAAUCAGAGGGUAUGACUAUUAAAAGGAAAUUAAUAAAUACUCAGUUGAGCAAUGGCGAGACAAAGCAGUGGGUGUUCUGUAGAAAUCUAAAAUACCAAAGGUAUUGCUCAAGUGUACCUCAAUGUCUGUGUCACCUUGCGUCUCCACUGCAGAGAAUAUAUUGACCACUAGGAGUCACCUUUAGUACUAAGUCUCCACUUGAAUAGAUCACCUAUUGUACAUAAUUUAUAUUCUUCCUUGCAGUAUAUACAGACCCUGACAUCACCAGUGCCGAGUAACAUAUUACAUUUUCUUACCAGUUAAAUGAUUCAAGCUGAAAAUGGUUAAAUGUUCGAUUCAGUGCACUAUUGUCAAUUUCAUACAGCAAACCUCAAGAAUUCCACUCAGUAAAACAUGCAAAUGUUUGGUAUGUGAGUGACUUUGUUGAUUAAAACAACUACAGAACCGUA